AUGUUGAGUGAACCGUUUCUAGAAGAGCAAGAUAUUCCUGGUGCGUCACUUUGCGGUAGAAAACCGUCUGAAUUAAAGAACGAAGGACUUGAAUUUUGGUUGAAAUGUAGAGGUGAUCCAGGCAAAGGCCUCAAAACCAAAGCUGAGCUUGUAAAGAAGUAAGACGGCGAUCGCUUUGUAAUCUUACUUAUAUUCUACAAAUAAAUAAAUAAUAAUAAUGAGUCUUUAUUUCACCAAAAGAUAAAACUACAUAUCUUAUGUUACAAUAAAAGAAGAUAAAAACUAUGAUAAAAAUAUCUACAUUAUAUGUAUAUAUUAAAAACGUGUAUCGUUACAAUAAAUGGAGCUUAAAAAAAUAAAUAAAUAAAUGGAGCUUAAAAAUCAACCUAUUUACAAAGGUGUUCAUAAAACGCUCUGUAUUAAUUUUCGGACGUACGCAGCCUUUUUUCCUAAGAUUAUGUACGUAAGUCUUCUGGACAGGAAUGAUAUCUUUUAGUGGGUGGCAAUCCGUUGAUAUUAAUUUCUUUAAAAUGUUUUGGUCUUGUUUAUUUUUGGUUCUUACAUGCUCAUUGAAUUUCCCGUCACUCUGUAGAGUUACUCCUAGUAAAACGAAGCUAUUACAUUGAGGAAUAUUGUUAAUUGGGGAGGAAAGUACAUUGUGAUUUUUCUUUCUAACAACCAGCUCUUUACAUUUACUAGGGUUGCAGACCAUUUUAUUGUCUUUGCACCAGAUUAAGAACUGUCCUAAUAAGUCGGCAGACGGAUCACGGUUGCUAGUGAUAGGCGAAACUAUAGUGGAAUCAUCAGCGUAUUUAAAAAGAACAGGGUAACCAUUAAAGAAAAUCUCCAAGUCAUUCAAAAAUAUAUUAAAAAGAUACAAGUCACUUGCAAGAUUUGUUCAAGUUUAAUAAUCACCUGAUUUCUUUAUUAGGGUAGAAGAGUAUAUCAAGACCGGAAAGGACAAAAAUAUUGUGAAUCCCGAUCCAAAUGGUCUGUACACUAAGCGAAAUCAGCAACGCAUUGGAAUCGGAGCUACAUCAAGUGUUACGGACUCCUCAAAUGGUGAUGCUAACAAACCGUCUGUCAAGUAUCCCUCUGAUGGAUGGAGUACGUCUCUUGAAAAGAUGCCUAUGUACACCAGGGCAGAAAUAAACGAGCAUAUAGCCAGAUCGGGAAAAAGUAUUUCCAAUAUUCAACAUCUUUCUGUCCCAACCUCCUUAAGAAAAGCGAAGACAUUCAUCGAAGAUGAAUAUCUAAGAAAAAUAACUGCCGCAAGUGAUGACUGCUGUUUUUAUUUUCAAGCCAAAUGCUGCCAUAGCUUUAGAAAGGACGAACCCCCACAUCAAUUAAAACUGGCGUUGUGUAUUUUCAAGGGAGACGUUUUAGACAGCAGCUGUACGUAUGUCACAGGAAAGGCUGGAUUUUGCAACCAUAUUUCAGUUUUGAUGUUCAAAACUUGCAAGUAUACCCUCUUUGAAGCGAAGACUACCAAGGAUCUAUGUCAAGAAAAGGACGAGAAUCUAGAUCUGGCGUGUACAUCUCAGCUUCAAAGAUGGCACAAAAAAGGAGGCGGCGAAGACAUAGUUCCCCAGCCAGUUAUGGGGGUUUAUGUUACCAAAAAGAAGCUUGAUGAGCCCAGUAGUUCAAGAGGAUCAGGUGGUGUGAAAUGUUUUCUCUAUGAAGCCCGAAAGCAGCCACAUUAUGACCCCAAGAAUGAGUCAUCUUUUAAGACAGAACUUGCUACAAUUGACCCAAACAUGGGUUUUGCUCAUUUGAGUAAAGGUAACAACUCAAGUGGUGAAACAGUACAGACAAAAUAUGGAGAGACUCAUCACUUCUAA